UCGGGUCGCGGUGCGGGGCGCGGGAUGGAGGCGGACUCGGAGAACAGUGUGGCCGCCUGGUGGGACAUGGUGGUGAGGAACCUGAGAUCUUGCCCACACUCCUGUUCAGCACUUGGAAGAAAAAUUGCUUGUCUAUACAACGACUUUACCAGUAAAUCAUUAAAAGACCGUAUUUUCCCUCCUCUCAUGGAAAUGCUAAUUUUUUUUAACUUUUUCAAAGCACCAUUUCUUGUGGAUUUAAAAAAACCAGAGUUAAUCAUUCCUCACACAGUGAACUUCUAUAUCAAGUGUCGGCCCAAGGUGAUUCUGGGAAUCUGGCACACAGUUCCCAGCUGCCGUGGGGAAGAUGCGAAGGGCAAGGACCGUUGCUGGUACGAAAUGGCCCUCCAGGACGGCAACCCCAUCAUUGUUUACCUUCACGGCAGUGCGGAACACAGGGCAGCACCACACAGAAUUAAGCUGGUAAAGGUGCUGAGUGAUGGUGGUUUUCAUGUUUUGUCUGUUGACUACAGAGGGUUUGGGGACUCUACAGGUAAACCCACAGAGGAGGGGCUGACAGAAGAUGCCAUUUGUGUCUAUGAGUGGACUAAAGCAAGAUGCGGUGCCACUCCUGUGUGUCUCUGGGGGCACUCUCUGGGGACAGGAGUUGCAAUAAAUGCUGCAAGAGUGUUCGAAGAGAAAGGAUGCCCAGUUGAUGCUAUCGUCUUGGAAGCUCCAUUUACCAACAUGUGGGUCACAACUAUUAAUUAUCCUUUGUUAAAGAUAUACCGGAAUCUUCCAGGAUUCUUACGCAUGCUUAUGGAUGCUCUGAGAAAAGAUAAAAUAUCCUUUGCUAAUGAUGAAAAUGUGAAAUUCCUGUCCUCUCCCCUUCUUAUCCUACACUGUGAGGAUGACAAGACGGUGCCUUUGGAGUUUGGAAAAAAGCUUUAUGAAAUUGCACACAGUGCAUACAGGAACAAAGAAAGGGUUGAGAUGGUCAUCUUCCCUCCUGGCUUUCAACACAACUCCCUUUACAAAAGCCCUGCCCUGUUACAGACUGUGAGAGAUUUCCUGAGCAGGCAGUGGGCAUGAAGUCUGAGAACAACAGAGAUCUUCAAGGAAGACUUAGUGUUGGAUAAUAUUGGGUUGUCCUUGUUCCUCCCACAGGGAGCUUAGGUUUAUU